GCACCCACAGACUCACUCACUUCAGAGGACCCUGUGGUUUUUACGAAAUCAGAAAAGUGAUGUUGGUCUGGAGUCUCUCCCAGAAUAUGCAGGUCGCGUGCAUCAUCACUGCAGUGCCAACAGAUGCACGAUGACCAUUGCUGAUGUGACGGAGGAGGACAGCAAUGAUUACCUGUUCAAGGUCGUCACCUCUGAGGACAGCUACAUCAUUGCCUCUGGAGUCUCCCUGACAGUCACAGGUCUUGCGGUGGUUUUUACAGCAGGUGGUCUGCAACUGCUUCCCAUUUUUCAUACACUAAUGUGCCACAGCAGUUGCUUCACUUCUCAUGAUUCGUAUGUUUGGUAUAAAAACGGAAUCAAACUCGCGGGACAAACAAAACAGGGAUAUUCAGGAAUCUUCCGCAAUGGGAACAGUUACUCCUGUGCAGUGAAAGGACAUGAGGAUCUUCCCACUCGCCCUGUGUGUUUUGAACACCACUGCACCAUACUGACCUACAGUGGGAGCAGGAGGGUGUGUGCACCAGCAGGUUCCUCAGUGAUGCUCUCCUGCUCCUACAGUUAUACUGGAGCUCUGUCAUCACAGUUCUGGUUUAGUCCUCAACAAAGCCAACACUGGAGAUUGUCAGAGCCUGAGGACAUCAGUGAAGUUCCUCGCUACACCAGUGAAGUUUUGGGCCCAGGCAUGAUAUCCCGUGUCUCCACUCUGACCAUCUCUGAUCUGAGAGAAAGUGAUUCAGCUGAGUUUCUUUUCAAGUUCACUUCUGCAGACUUUGAAUGGAAGAGCACAUUGCCUGGAAUAUCUCUGACUGUGACAGCCCUGCAGGUCCAGCUCUGGAGUGUCCCACAGACCAGCAGCAGUGGUUCUAUCAGAGUGCAGCUGAUGUGUCGCAGCAGCUGCAGCUCACCUGGCCGGCAGUCAUACAUCUGGUUCAAAAAUGAAGAUAAAGUCCCAGAGAACAAACUAGUCUAUGAGGUGACCUUACGACCUGGUGAUCAUGUCCGGUGUGGUCUCGAGGGACAUGAUGGACACAUAUCAGCUCCUCUUUAUAAUCCAUCAGGUCCCUCUGUGGUCCAGAGUCCUCCCGGUGAGGUGGUUGAAGGUCGCACUGUCAAUCUGACGUGCAGUUUUGGUCCAGGCAGAGGCUCUAAUUACACCUGGAACAAGAAGUCAACUCUCACACAGCAGCGUUUUGUGGGCAGAGACCUGCUCUUCAGGCCUGUCCGGCCUUCAGACUCUGGAGAGUUUUCCUGCUCAGUUAAUAGUGUAUUUGGGAGGAGGAUGUCUCCAUCAGUCGUCAUUGAUGUUCACUACGGUCCAAGGCCUCCGUCAGUGAGGGUGACUUCUGAUGAAGUGAUGGAGGGAGCUUCAGUCAACCUGACCUGCAGCAGUGAUGCUAACCCACCAGUUAACUACACCUGGUACCUGGAAGGAGACACGACGGCUGUAGCCUUUGGAGAGACCUUCACCAUCACCAAUGUCAGACGUGAGCAGGCUGGGAGUUUUCUGUGUCGAGCCCAGAAUCUCAUAGGACAGAGUGAAGCUGCCGUGCACCUCGGUGUGUCAGGUCUAAAGAAAACACCUUUUGCUUCCAUCACUGGUAUUAUUCUCCUGCCGCUACUCCUCGCUGGCUCUUUCCUCAUCAGAAGAAUGAAGCUCUCCAGACCAUCUCCUGAACCUGCAGUGAGGGCAAAGUACCAUGUUCAGCGAUGUGACGACUCAGCAGCAGUGGAGCAGGAAGAAUCGGUUGGUUUGUCAGAGCAACCUGUCGAAUCUCUGGGACUUCAGUGUGACUCCAUGAAAAGUGAAUUUCCUUCAUGAUAAAAGCAGGUGAUGUUCCAACCAGAGGCCUGCGACCCACCAGUUGAGAACCACCGAUCUGUUGGACUGUAACAGCGAGGACGCUGCUUCAGAAGGUGUUCUUCUUCGACUCCUCAGUGUGUACAUGUGUAUACUGCCCCCUUCAGUUCUGCCUUGAAUUACAGAGAAAACGUUGACUCUUUUUUUUUUUUUUUUUUUAAAUCUUACUCAUCUUAUGUGCAAUGGCGAAGUGCGAGAAGCCCUUCUGUCAGUAAAAUGUUGGGGCGAAAUUGCUUCAGCGAUUGCGCGCCUGUAUUAUAACGAGCACUAUUUGAUAUACGGUACUUCUACUGACUGCUUUACAAGCAAUAAUAAGCUCCGAAAUAGAAAGGCAAGACUGCACUCAGGGCUAAAUUACACAAUGUGAGCUAAUAAUCCUACUCAACUGUUUUUGUUGGUGUCAGUAUGUCAUGUUUGAGUGACCUUU